AUGGUCGACCAGUCGAAAUGGAAGUUCAACCACACGAUGCUGCGGGUGAAAGACCCCAAGCGAUCAAUCGAGUACUACAACCUACUGGGGUUGAGCCUGAUCAACAAGAUCGAGUAUCCUGAGAACAAAUUCGACCUCUACUUCUUGGCUUACGACGGUCCCAACUCCGCAUCCCCCGGCUCUCACUGGACGGACCGUGAAGGCGUGCUCGAGCUGACGCACAACUACGGCAGCGAAAGCGACCCGUCGUUCAGCGUCAACAACGGCAACAAAGACCCGCACAAAGGAUUCGGCCACAUCUGCGUCAGCGUGGACAACAUCCAAGCCGCGUGCAAACGCAUCGAAGACGCCGGCUACAAGUUCCAGAAGAAGCUGACGGACGGGCGCAUGCGCAGCAUCGCCUUCGCGCUCGACCCGGACGGCUACUGGGUCGAGAUCAUCGGGCAGAAGAACGUCGACGAGACCAAAGACAUCACCACCACAGACACCUCGGCGUAUCGGUUCAACCAUAGCAUGAUCCGCGUCAAGGACCCCGAAAAGAGUCUCAAGUUCUACCAGGACGUGCUGGGCAUGACGCUGCUGCGCACGUCGGAGCAGAAGGAGGCCGGAUUUACGCUUUAUUUCUUGGGCUAUCCUGGUGACUUUGAGGUUCCUAAGCCCGAAGAUACCCCGAACGGAGUGAAUCCUUUGGCCAACAAGGAAGGAUUGCUCGAGUUGACGUGGAACUAUGGUACCGAGAAGCAGGAGGGCAAGGUGUACCAUAACGGCAACGACGAGCCGCAGGGGUUCGGACAUAUUUGUAUCAGUGUCGAUGAUUUGGACAAGGCGUGUCAAUUCAUGGAGGACAAGAAGGUCAACUGGAAGAAGAGGCUGACCGAUGGCCGCAUGAAGAACGUCGCCUUCGUUCUGGACCCGGAUGAUUACUGGGUGGAAGUCAUCCAGAAUGAGAAAUUGAAGAAGACCAGUGAUUGGUAG